AGGUUAAAGUUCAUGACCUUCCUCAUGCUAAUUGUCCUGUCCAUCAGUAUUGCAAUCACUGCCAUGAAGUUUGGUGCUGCCGCUCUACAAGAUAACUUUGUGGCGGAGAUUUCUACAAACUACGAGAAUUCUAUAGAGUUUGUCUCCUUCUAUGGACUUCUGAAUUUCUACAUGUAUACAAUGGCAUUUGUGUACUCUCCCUCUAAAAAUGCACAAUAUGAAACAAACUUUAAAGAAAACCCAGCAUUAUCCAUGUUGAAUGAUUCUGAUGAAGAAGUGCAUUAUGAAUCCGAUGCAGAGGAGAUCAGUUUGACGAACAGGAGGGGGAAUCGUUACCAAGACGAGGAGGAAACCUUCCAUUGACGUCACACAAACAUAGAACUGUGUACAGUGUCAGAGGGGAUCCAAUGGGGCGGGGGAACUGUGUGAAUUAUUCAUAGUAUAAACAUGGGAACUCUCCAUUGACAUCAAACAAAUCUAGAUCUGUAUACAAUGUGAGGAUGGAUAUCCAGGUGUGGAACUGUGUGAAUUACUCAUAGGUUACAUUUCGACUCUCUCCAUUGACGUCACAUAAGCCUAAGUAGAACUAAGACAGGGGAGCUAAUCCCAUCUAUGUCUGGUGACAGGGAAAUCCAGUGUGGUGUGGAAAUGUGUGAAUGUACUGGGGUAUAUAUAGAAAUCGGAUGGGAAUUCUUGUGUAAAGAGGGAUAUACUCAGGACCAAAAAUGUUAAAGAAAAGUGUCAUGUCCAAGUUCACAAAAAGAAGGUUUUUUUUUUUUUUUUUUUUUACAAAAAA